CACCACCAACCAACAACAGCUAGCUAGCGAUAUUGCGCAUGCGCAUAAUUAUAUCUGCAUGCAGCGUCGUUCGGGAUCCCCGGGCUACGCCCAAGCCACUACUCCAGCAGUCCUCAUGGUCAUCGCUGUGGCAUCUCGAAGCAGAAACGUCGGAAGCAAUGUCGAACGGCUCCGCCGGGAGCCGCCCACCCGACAUGACAAAUCCAGGUCGACCGAGAGCCCAGGAAUCGUUUCCAGAGCCGCCGCUGAUGAAAGCGGUGUUCACCCACCUCAGCUACGGGAUACUCAUCCUCCUGGGGCACGUCUGUGAUUUUCUGCGCAAGCUGGGCAUGAAGCGAGAUCCUUACACGGAGGCGCUAAAGAACGAGGAUCUCUUCAAAAUGAACCUGGAUUUCGAGAUGUUUUUCACGCGGAACAUCUACCGUCGUAUCCGAGACUGCUGGAACCGUCCAAUAGCCAGCGCCCCUGGAGCCUACACUGAUCUCGUAGACAGAGUCAGUGAUGACUGUAACUGGACAUUCAGGUGUGUAUCUUUACUGGUGUCUAUAAUAUAUGCUGGAAGUAUUUCCUGUCAAGUGUCAUUAAUUAGUUAGGCAUGUGUUCCUUGGCUUCUCUUGUUGGCUCUGGGACAAAGGGUUUGUGAGUAUGCAGAUAUCCUCCACGUGGUGUGUUCCUGUUGCUAAGUGAGUAUGCAGAUAUCCUCCACUGGUGUGUUCCUGUUGCUAAGGAAUCUGUGUUGAUUACUUUGCUUAUAAGAAACUGGUGGCUAUAUAUACAUGCCUAGAUCAUCUGCACAUUUGGGGAAAUGAUUUAGAUACACUGGUACCAAGACAAACUGCCUGAACCUGGGCUCCUACAACUAUCUUGGGUUUGCUGAGAACACUGGACCAUGUGCAGAUGCAGCCUAUCAGUCCACUCUGGACUAUGGAGCUGGGACAUGCAGCCCUGCCAGAGAACUGGGCACUCUGGAUGUCCACAAGAAGUUGGAGGCUCUGGUGGCCAGGUUUGUGGGGAAACCAGCAGCUCUGGUCUUUGGUAUGGGGUUUGCCACCAACUCCAUGAACAUACCAGCUCUCAUGGGAAAGGGGUGUCUGAUUGUGAGCAAUGAACUGAAUCAUGCCUCGAUCGUCACUGGUGCCAAGCUCUCUGGAGCAACUGUCAAGGUCUUCAAACACAACAGUGUCAAGAGUCUUGAAGCCAUUCUGCGUCGGGCCGUCACAGACGGCCAACCGCGGACUCACAGGCCGUGGAGAAAGAUCCUCAUCCUGGUGGAGGGUGUCUACAGCAUGGAGGGAUCCCUGGCACCCCUCCCCGAAAUUGUCCAACUAAAGAAGAAGUACAAAGCCUAUGUGUAUCUGGAUGAGGCCCACAGUAUAGGAGCCAUGGGUCCCACAGGCAGGGGAGUGUGCGAGUACUGGGGGGUAGACCCUGCCGAUAUUGACAUAAUGAUGGGUACCUUCACCAAGAGCUUUGGAGCCGCUGGCGGCUACAUUGCAGCCAAUCAGGAUGUGAUCAACUACUUGCGAGGAGCAUCUCACAGUACCACGUAUGCUGCCAGUGUACCUGCUCCGGUGGCCCAGCAGAUCAUCACCUCCAUGACUAUCAUCAUGGGAGACGACGGGACCAAGGAAGGAGAGAAGAGAGUAGCUCAGCUAUUAGAUAACAGCAGGUACUUUCGGCAGCGCCUGACUGAGAUGAAUUUCAUAGUGUAUGGCAACGAAGACUCGCCGGUGGUCCCCAUCCUUCUCUAUGAGCCUGGGAAAGUCACGUCGUUCUCUCGAGAGUUGUUGAAGAAGAAGAUAGCAGUUGUGGUGGUGGGGUUCCCUGCGACGUCCAUUGUGGAGGCGAGGGCUAGGAUCUGUCUGUCUGCCUCCCACACCCGUGACAUGCUCGACUACGCACUGAAAGAGAUUAACGAAGUAGGAGACCUGCUGUUACUCAAGAAAUGAUCCACUGAUAAAGCACAAAAACUCAUCUAUAUAGCACUAGUUCCUUUAUUCCCAUAC